AUGGGGUGGAGAAGAGGACCUAUCGCGCAUUUUCAUUGGUGGUCUGUCGGUAUAGAUCCCGCCCUUCGUUCUCGACGCAGCUCCUUCGGAGGACCCACUUCCGGGAAAGAGCGGAAGAGGCGGUCUGGUGGAGGCGGGGUCAAGAUGGCGGCGCCUUUGAGGAUUCAGAGCGACUGGGCCCAAGCCCUCAGGAAGGAUGAAGGGGAGGCCUGGCUGAGCUGUCACCCCCCAGGUAAACCAACUUUGUAUGGCAGCCUAACUUGUCAAGGAAUUGGCCUUGAUGGCAUCCCAGAGGUUACAGCUUCAGAAGGAUUUAUUGUGAAUGAAAUAAACAAGAAAAGCAUUCAUAUUUCAUGUCCAAAGGAAACUGCAUCUUCGAAGUUUUUGGCACCAUAUACUACUUUUUCCAGAAUUCAUACAAAGAGUAUAACAUGCUUGGACAUUUCCAGUGGAGGAGGCCUUGGUGUGUCUUCUAGUACCGAUGGGAGCAUGAAAAUCUGGCAGGCUUCCAACGGAGAGCUCAGAAGAGUAUUGGAAGGACAUGUGUUUGAUGUGAAUUGUUGCAGGUUUUUCCCAUCAGGCCUUGUAGUUCUGAGUGGGGGAAUGGAUGCCCAGCUGAAGAUCUGGUCAGCUGAAGAUGCUAGCUGCGUGGUGACCUUCAAAGGUCACAAAGGAGGUAUCCUGGAUACAGCCAUUGUUGAUCGGGGGAGGAACGUGGUAUCUGGUUCUCGAGAUGGAACAGCGCGCCUUUGGGAUUGUGGGCGCUCAGCCUGCCUGGGAGUCAUUGCAGACUGUGGUUCUUCCAUCAAUGGAGUGGCUGUGGGUGCUGCAGACAACUCUAUAAACCUCGGCUCCCCUGAACAGAUGCCUAGUGAACGGGAGGUUGGAACAGAGUUGAAAAUGUUGCUGUUGGCCCGAGAAGAUAAGAAACUUCAGUGUUUCGGACUACAGAGCAGGCAGCCGGUGUUCCUCUUUAUUGGCUCAGAUGCCUUCAACUGCUGUACUUUUCUCUCUGGCUUCUUGCUGUUGGCUGGGACGCAGGAUGGAAACAUUUAUCAGCUGGAUGUAAGGAGUCCAAGGGCUCCAGUACAAGUCAUCCACAGAUCAGGAGCACCAGUUCUGUCCUUGCUGAGUUUCAGAGAUGGAUUCAUUGCUAGCCAAGGUGAUGGAAGCUGUUUCAUUGUCCAGCAAGACUUAGACUAUGUCAUUGAGCUCACUGGGGCUGACUCUGACCCUGUGUACAAGGUAGCCACAUGGGAGAAGCAGAUCUAUACAUGCUGUCGGGAUGGUCUUGUGCGACGCUAUCAGCUCUCUGACCUCUAACGCCUUGGGAAGAAGAGUCCCAGUUAAUGAAAAAGAUUGACUCUGACAACAAUGAGCGGAAACAUUAUCAAGGGUCAUGGGUUCGGGCACCCUUUGAAAGUCACAGAAAGUGAGCUGCAUUGGCCCAUGUGGAACUAUCAUUCCAUGAUAAAACCUAUGUUGAGCUGAGUAAGAAGCUCACAUGUGUUCACUGCAUUUGUCCUAACUUCUCCCUAUAUAUACUCAUCCCAGCAACACAGGACAAGGAUACAGAUGCUUACAGUUUGAUCUGAUACUGCUUGUGUUAAAUGUUUACAAGGACUGGAGGACUAAAGCCUGUUCUCUGGAGGAAAUAAAGAAAAUAUGUUUGGAGGAGUCUGAA